CCCCUCACAUUGGUGCCACAAAAGAGAGAAGAUGAUGAUGUGCAGGUUUGUGGAAAAAAUGUGUGCUGUUUUUGGAUAUUCAUUAGCAAUUGUCAAGGAUGCACAGAAAUGCCCAAUUAUGUGUGGCAUUUUGUACAGACACUAUGUUCAGAUUAUUUGUUUGCAAUGUGUUAUCUAUAAACUAAGGGAGCUUCAUAAACUGUUUAUUCGAUUUUGGGGUUUGAAUAGUGUGAAGAAUUAGCACUAACCACAAAGUCAACGCUAGCUCUUAAAGGGGCAGUAGCCUACAUUGAGUGCAAUUUUCAAGUACAGCAUUAUUUAAUAUGCAGUAUUCUGCUAUUUAUUGUUACCAAUAAUAUUUAAAUGUUAAUAUUAUAUUUGGAUUAUAAUUAUCUAAUCUUUUAACUAAAUACAAUCUAUUAGCUUCCAAAAUGUAAGUAGGUAUAUCUAGCUGUCCGAUAACACGUUCUGAUGGAAUGGCUUGCCCUGUACUUUGUAAAAACCCAGAGUGCAUUGAGUGAACGUCGGAAAAAGAUCUUGGUUCCUUUCUAAACAAAGCAAUGUGAAUACAAAGAGGACUCGGCCCACAAAAUAGGUGAAGUGAACUGGCAAAAGAGUUGCGCAUUCAAGGGCAGAGUGAAUACAAAGAGAAUGGAGUAAUUUUGCUUAUUUUGUUGUAUCUUUCCAAAUCCAGAUUUGUGUUCGUUGUCUGUAGUCUAUGGCUGCUCAUACCGUAUGUUGUGAUUUCUGUUGUUGGUUUGGUUGACAUUUCCUUUAGGGCCUUGAAGCAUUUGACACUUCAUUGCAAUCUCUUUCCAGAAGAAUUUGUAUGUUGACAGUGGGCAAGAUGUCCCUUAUCGCUAUGGCUCUGCCGGUGAUCACCGUCCUUCUCUCCGCCUGGCAGGUGGGUGCCAGUGAUGACUGCUUGUGGUAUGUGGAUAAAAAUGGCACUUGGCACAACGGGGUCCCCUGUCCCCUCAUGACCUUCUGUUGUGGGAACUGCCACAAGCGCUACUGUUGCCUGGAUGGCCUCAAGAGGAUUACUGAGAGGGAGCAGAAGCGCUGCAUGCUCUUCCAGUUCAGCCCUACCACCAUCGCCGGCAUGGCUUCGUCCGUCUUGCUCUUCGUGGCUAUCAUUGCUACCAUGGUGAGCUGCUUCAUGUGCUCCUGCUGUUACCUCUACCAGCAGCGACAGCAGCGUGGCAGGAUGCCCUAUGAUGCCCAGCACAUCCCUAUGGCCAGCUACCCCGUGGAGCCAAUGUAUGACGCUUACGGCAAGCCGCUGGUGAUGGGACAUCCUGGUUACCCAAUGGCACCUCAGUACCAUGGCAUGCCCCAGCCAUACCCCAUGAUGCACCCCGGCCCGUACCCCCCGUACCCCAUGGCAGACCCUGGCUACCCUCAGGGAGCACCCCCUCCUUACUCGCCACCACAGUACACUACCCACCCCGGUCCCUGAUGGGAUGAUAACAUGUACAUGGUGGGAGAGGAGAAAGACGAAGGAAGGACUGCGUCAGAAAGAGAAGGCGACCACGAGAUAACUCAGCUCUCCUAGUGGUUGCCCAGUGAAAGAUAACCAGAGGCACUUUCCUUUAUAUUCUAAAUCCUUUAACGGAACAGAGCAUGUGUUGAGUUGGGUUAUCCUGUCUGUCCUGACACUGAACUGGAUUCCUAUUGACAGUCUGUGGAAAAUGUCACACCAAGUGAGGUAACCAACCUGUAUCCAUGCACUCACUACCAUUUGUUUGACAUUAAUUCUCUGCUUAAGACGUUUGACUUGAGGAAUGGUCAACAUCUGUUUUCACAUGUUUGCUUGGCUUUAAUCUGGUAGUGGACAGACUGAGGUCAUACCUGCCUGCAGAUAACAGGGUGUGUGGGAGCUGAUUUGAUUCUUAUGUUGUAUAAAAGGCAGAAUGCUCAGAGUUGAUGGCUCCUCUCACUCUUCUGGAUCCCUUUAGCCAGCUCUCACUGCAGGUUCACAUUCUGUGGGGAUUUCUUUGCCCUCGCACGCUCAGCUUGUCUUUCGUAAUAGAAUAACAUUCACUUUAUUCAUAUUAGAAUGUCAGUUAUACAUGUUCUGCUACAUCCCAAUGUGUCAUCAUAAUCAGUUGUCAAAGUUGAUGUAUUAGUGGAAUCUGUGUAAAUGUUUAUUUCCUGUAAUAUAUCAGGCCAAUGUAUAUUUAAUAACUUAAAUAACAAAUCUGAGCCUUAUGUCAUCAUGAAUUCAAGAUGAACGAUUUCAAUACGUAUUUUGUAAAAUAUAUUUUAUGUUUAAGGUUUACAUAUUAACAAAUAAUUAUUAUCGUUGUAACAUACUAUCGCAACUUUUAAAAACAUUGUACCAUUAAAUGCUUUGAGCAUUUGUUUUACAUGUUAUAUUUAUUAUUAUUACAUUUCUCUGUGAGCCAUCGUUGUGCCCCUUGUGCGAUGUUUGAACUGCACAGUAGGACAUGACGUGUAGGGCAUGUGUUGUACAGUUUAGUAUUACCAGCCAGUGAAAGGCUCAUCCAGGUCAAGUGUGUUGGAUAAGGUGACAUUCUAUUUUACCCUCACUGAGAUUCUUGAUCGAUUUUUCCAUUGAAAACAUAGUCGUUUGAAAGCACACUGAGAUUCUUGGCAUGAGAAAGGUGGAACAAUCAUGCGAAAGAUCUAGUGAUUCUCCCUAUUCAGCUACUGUAUAUCAAUGUAAAACAAUGAUAUACUAUUAUUUAUAAACACUAUUGUAACUAUUUCACAAUUUGAAUUACUGGAUUACUUUGAUAUUUAUUGUCAACAUGUAAAGUAAUAUGCACAGUACAUACUUGACUUUCUACUGGAUUUGCUGAUGGAUUUGCUUAAUGAAUGCACUUAUUUUAUUGUGAACAUUUUACAAUUUUACCAGUGUAAAUCAAAUCUGUUACUAGUAGAACUGUUACUAGAUCUUACUUGUUGGUUGUCUGUUGUUUCAUGGAUGUUGUAAUAUAAUAAGUGCUGUUUUUUUCUAAUAACAUAAAUUAUAACUUUGGAUUGUAAAAUGCUGUAGUAGCGGUCAUUAAUUGCAUGCUACUUAUUCAAAUACCAGUAGUUAAAAAACAUAUUUUUGAUUUGUUGCCUUGGAAUCAAUGAUAUCAUUACCUUGAGUUUGUGAAACUUGAGUUUAUUUGGAGGUUUUGGUGAUGAAGCCCUCAAGGUGGUUUCUGAAUCUGUUCGGAAGGCAGAAAAGUAAUAAGUAUGUUAAGCAGAGGCGAUUUUUAGCAUGUAUAUCUUGGUAGGGCAAACCAUUAAAAAAAAUAUUAUGCAUGCUAUCAAAGCCACUACACGACACUAAACGAUACAUUAAUUGCACCAUAACGGUGACAAACGGUGCCCACAAACUGUUAGGGCCUACAUAAAGCUGUCCCGACAGCAGAGUC